CCUAACUCCUAUUUUCCUAAAAGCUCAAACUGAUUCACAAAUAAUUAAUGACUACAUGGAAAAAGCUGUUGACAGCAACUGGGCAUGUCAGGAACUUGGGUCGUUUGUUAGAAAUGCCCUGAAUUGUUAUGUAUUCUCUCCAUUCUGUCACCAGGAAUAGAAGAAUAGAUUAUCUUUUGUAUGGUAUUACAGAAUAUAAAAACACAUUACUAUUACUUUUGCUACAGGAAAUAGUAUCUAAAGUGCAGACCGCUAACAGAUCUUCAGUAAAUAGACAACACCUCCAAAAUAUGCGAAUGCGAGAACUUCGUAAGUUUGAAGAGGUAAGGAAAUAGCAUAGAAUAGAGUUAAUAAACAAACUGAAUGCAAUAUAUAUUUGGGCGAUGUACUGGCCACCAACAAUCAAAAAUGGACUGCAAUGGGAAAAAAAAUCUCAGUGAUUGUAAUUAAUUAUACAAUUUUUCUUUGUUUUUAACCUCUGUAAAUCGAUACAGAAAAUACAACUGAGCUACUGUGAUAAAUAGUAGGGAAAAAUGUACUUAACAGCUUUCAAUAUAAUUCAAUAUUAGCAGCUCCUUACCCACUAAACACUAGCCUCAGCAAAAUACAAUGGAUAUAUUUGUAAGAAUAACAUAACUGAAUAAAUACUGUCAUUUCAUAGGAUAAUAAACUAUAUGUUAUCUAACAUCCCUAAAAUGCAGUACAUCUAUUUGUGUUAGAGUAAACUAUAUUUUUCUGAUCAAUAAUCGCUAUUCUAUUAAACGCUUUAACAAGUUUUUUUCCACUAAAAGCUCGAUUACUUAUAAAAAUAUAUGUUUUAUCUCACAGUAUGCCCAGAACAUAAUUGAUAUGCCCUCAGGAUUAAGAACACCACUUAUUUUCAUUGGCUUUGCAGAUGAAUCAUUUGCAGACACAGGCAGAGUUGAAGAGAAGAGUCCACAGGGAGGCAAAGAUCGAUAAACACAAAAUGAGAGAAAAUGUCCUGAAAAAUAAUGAAGACGAUGACUUCCUUUCUGUAGAACAUGAUGAAACUUUUAAUAUAGAUCACAGUGAGCCCGAUAAUGUGCAAAUACAGCUCAGACUGGCUGAUUAUUAUUAUUUUAUUAUUUAUAUAGCGCCAUCAAAUUCCAUAGUGCUGUACAAUGGGUGGACUAACAGACACGUAAUUGUAACCAGACAAAUGGACGCAGAGUAAGAGAGGGAUUGAGGGCCCUGCUCAGUGAGCUUACAUGCUAGAGGGAGUGGGGUAUAGUGACACAGUAACAGAGAGAUUGAGGGUCCUGCUCAGUGAGCUUACAUGCUAGAGGGAGUGGGGUAUAGUGGCACAGUAACAGAGGGAUUGAGGGCUCUGCUCAGUGAGUUUACAUGUUAGAGGGAGUGGGGUAUAGUGACACAGUAACAGAGGGAUUGAGGGCCUGCUCAGUGAGUUUACAUGUUAGAGGGAGUGGGGUAUAGUGGCACAGUAACAGAGGGAUUGAGGGCCUGCUCAGUGAGUUUACAUGUUAGAGGGAGUGGGGUAUAGUGACACAGUAACAGAGGGAUUGAGGGCCUGCUCAGUGAGUUUACAUGUUAGAGGGAGUGGGGUAUAGUGACACAGUAACAGAGGGAUUGAGAGCCUGCUCAGUGAGUUUACAUGUUAGAGGGAGUGGGGUAUAGUGACACAGUAACAGAGGGAUUGAGGGCCCUGCUCAGUGAGUUUACAUGUUAGAGGGAGUGGGGUAUAGUGACACAGUAACAGAGGGAUUGAGGGCCUGCUCAGUGAGUUUACAUGUUAGAGGGAGUGGGGUAUAGUGACACAGUAACAGAGGGAUUGAGGGCCUGCUCAGUGAGUUUACAUGUUAGAGGGAGUGGGGUAUAGUGACACAGUAACAGAGGGAUUGAGGGCCUGCUCAGUGAGUUUACAUGUUAGAGGGAGUGGGGUAUAGUGACACAGUAACAGAGGGAUUGAGGAGCCUGCUCAGUGAGUUUACAUGUUAGAGGGAGUGGGGUAUAGUGACACAGUAACAGAGGGAUUAAGGGCCUGCUCAGUGAGUUUACAUGUUAGAGGGAGUGGGGUAUAGUGACACAGUAACAGAGGGAUUGAGGGCCCUGCUCAGUGAGUUUACAUGUUAGAGGGAGUGGGGUAUAGUGACACAGUAACAGAGGGAUUGAGGGCCUGCUCAGUGAGUUUACAUGUUAGAGGGAGUGGGGUAUAGUGACACAGUAACAGAGGGAUUGAGGGCCCUGCUCAGUGAGUUUACAUGUUAGAGGGAGUGGGGUAUAGUGACACAGUAACAGAGGGAUUGAGGGCCUGCUCAGUGAGUUUACAUGUUAGAGGGAGUGGGGUAUAGUGACACAGUAACAGAGGGAUUGAGGGCCUGCUCAGUGAGUUUACAUGUUAGAGGGAGUGGGGUAUAGUGACACAGUAACAGAGGGAUUGAGGGCCUGCUCAGUGAGUUUACAUGUUAGAGGGAGUGGGGUAUAGUGACACAGUAACAGAGGGAUUGAGGCCCUGUCAGUGAGUUUACAUGUUAGAGGGAGUGGGGUAUAGUGACACAGUAACAGAGGGAUUGAGGGUCCUGCUCAGUGAGCUUACAUGCUAGAGGGAGUGGGGUAUAUUGACACAGUAACAGAGGGAUUGAGGGCCCUGCUCAGUGAGCUUACAUGCUAGAGGGAGUGGGGUAUAGUGACACAGUAACAGAGGGAUUGAGGGCCUGCUCAGUGAGUUUACAUGUUAGAGGGAGUGGGGAAAAGUGACACAGUAACAGAGGGAUUGAGGGCCCUGCUCAGUGAGGUUACAUGUUAGAGGGAGUGGGGUAUAGUGACACAAAGUGUAUAAGUAGGGGUAAUGAAAUAGGUUGCUUGAAAAGUAAUAACUGAGAAUUUAGUAGAUUAUUUUUGACAGUUUCAGGAGAGGAGUCAUAGGGGGGAGGGGGGAUGAAAACCCGCUGACAGUUUAAAUUAUAUAUUUUCCUGAAGAAGUGAGUGGAGACUGAGUGAAAGUCUAACGGAGACAGGAAGGGAGUUCCACAGAAAAGGUGCAGCCCUGGAGAAGUCUUAGAGGCGAGCAUCAGAUGUGGGAGUAUGGACAGAGGUUAUACGUAGGUAUUCGGCAGAGCGCAGGGGCAUCGACGGGACAUAUUUGUGUUGGGGAGGAUAGGUAGGUUGGAGCAGCAUUAUGUAGGGACUUGUAAGCAAGCAUCGGAAUCUUAAAUUGAGCCCUAUAUCUAACUGGAAGCCAAUGCAGGCACUGACAGAGGGGUAAGGUGUGGGAGGUGCAGGUGGGCAGGAAAAUGAGCCAUUGCCGCCGCAUUCAUUAUAGAUUGCAGCAGUGCAAUCUGGGAACACGUAAGACCACUGAGAAGGGGAUUGCAGUAGUUAAGCCAAGAAAGAACAACAUCAUGAACCAGCACCAUAGCCGCGCCUGGUGUUAAAUAAGGGCGGAUGCGAGUUAUGUUUUUGAGAUGGAAGCGGCAGGAUUUGGCGAUCAACUUGACAUGAGGGGUGAAGGAAAGGUCAAUGUCAAAGAGAACACCUACGCAUUGAGCCUGCGAGGUAGAGGUGAUAGUGGCGCUGUUGACUUGGAGGGAGACAGACACGAGAGUAGCAACACUUGAGGGAGGACCGGAGCAGAGCAGAAACCUCUUCCGUUGUGGUAGGUGCGAGUGAGCAUAGAACAGCAGAGGGAGUGGGGUUGGGUGAUGUAUUGGAAGGAGAGAGAAAGAGGUUAGAGAUCUCUUCCCUGAUUGUAGAAAUAUUCUCAGUGAAGUAAGCUGCAAAGUUUGAGGUGAACAGGGUGGUAGGAAUAGGGGGAGCAACAGGGCGAAGGAAAGCAUUAAAAGUGUGAAAUAGUUAUUUGGGUUCAUGGGAGAGUGUGGUUAUGAGGGUAUUUAAGUGAUUUACUUUUGCAGAGGAAAGAGCCAAAGUGUAGGAGCGCAGCAUACAUUUAUAGUGGAGGAACUCAGGUGCAGAGUGAGACUUUCUCCAACAGCGUUCAGCAGUUCUUGAACAUUUUUGGAGAUAUUGGGUCAGCUUGGUGUGCCAGGGUUGUAAUUGGGAACGCUUGCUGCGUUUAAAUGUAGGAGGUGCCAUGAUGUCUAGUUGAGAGGAGAGAGUGAAGUUGUAGAGUAAGGUUGCAGAGUUAGGGCAAGUGAGAUUUGAGAUGUGUUAAAGGAGAGUUUGGAGUUUGGUGGAGAAAUGCUGGAGAUCAAGGCAGUGGAGGUUUCUGUGAGAUUGGAGAGUUGAGGGUGGUGAAAUUUGGGCAUGGGGUAUGUCAAUGUCAAAGGUCAGCAGAUGGUGGUCAGAUAAAGGAAAUGGAACAGUGGAGAGAUUAGAGGUGGUACAGAGAUUGGUGAAGAUGAGGUCAAGAGUAUUUCCUGCUGUAUGAGUUGCUAAAGUAGACCACUGUGUGAGGCCAAGGAGGACGUUACAGAGAGCAAACGGGAGGCAAAAGGGUUGAUAGUGUCCUCCAUAAGCUACCUUGCAUAAGGCACUGGUCCAGCUGUACUUGAUCUGAUUUUCAGCAGGGAACUUUUUAACUCAGACUUGCAUAAUUCAAAACCGUUACAGCGGGCGAUAAGCUGGCACAAAAAAAUUGUAGGAACACGCACACCCCCAUAAAAACGUAAUUUCAUUUAAGUUGUUAUGGUGGCAGGAGUAUCUGGGCAUGUCUUUUGAAAUAGUUUAACCUUGAAUUUGGUCCCCGACUUUCUUCCCUUAUGUCUCCACAAUAUGAGGAAGGGUUUGCCAGGCAGCUAGUGAUCAGCUGAUGUAAUCAUAGUACAUAGUGCUUCUCCUGUAAUGCCAUCACUACAUACUAAAUUAUAUGUAAAGGUCACUGACCAUCCUCCAAUCAUCGCAUGUCAGGCUGCUGUAAGGGGUACAAAAAGACUUACUUUAAAUGAUAUCAUGAACUAAACUGAAAACAGACGAUGUACUAAAGUGCAGGGCUGGACUGGCCCACCGGGUUACCUGGAAAUUUCCAGGUGGGCCGUCGGCACCUGGGGCCGGGCAGACAUGUGGGUGUGCUGGCGGCCACUGGAGGAGCUGUUCUGGCGGCCGCAGGGGAAGCUGUGCUGUCUCUGAAUGAGACUGGGGCAGGAAUAUGAACAGCUCCUCCAGCGGCCGCCAGAACAGCUCCUCCAGCGGACGCCAUCCCAGCUUCUUCUGCAGCCGCCAUCACACCCAGCUCUCUGUCCUGCAUGACCCCCCUGGCCCACAGGUAAUAUGUGUUUUGCUGUCAGUGUGUGUCUGUCUCUGUCAUGGUAUGUGUGUCUCUGUCAUGGUAUGUGUGUCUCUGUCAUGGUGUGUGUGCGUCAUGGUAUGUGUCUGUCUCUGUCAUGAGUGUGUGUGUUUUUACUCACCUUUUUUUUUUUCCAAGCCAUGCUGGUCUCCCCUCGACUGGCCCUGCCUCUAUGGCUGAGAUCAUCAAGCUUGCCAUAGGAUUGGCUGCAAAACACUACACCAAUCAGCAUCAUCUCCUCAUAGAGAUGCAUUGAAUCAAUGUAUCUCUAUGGGGAACCUUCAGCGUCUCCAGAGCGUGGAGGCCCUGAAUGUAGGUGCUGCACACUGUGCAGCACUGACACAGGAAGCACCUCUAGUGACCGUCUGAAUGACUGUCACUAGAGGUGUCACUCUGAAGCAAUGUAAACACUGCCUUUUCUCUGAAAAGUCAGUGUUUACAUUGAAAAGCCUGCAGCGACAGGCUAUAGACACCAGAACCAUUACAUUAAGCUGUGUGUGUGUGUGUGUGUGUGUGUGCGCGCCUGCUAGUGAGCUUGCUUUCUUGCAUGUAUGUGUGUGUCUGCUAGUGAGUGAGCUUGUGUUUUUAUGUCAAUGAGCUGAUGUAUAUCAGUGAGAGUGUUUGUCUAUGAGGCUGUGUAUCAACGAACUUGUGUGUGUCAGUGUGGUUGUCUGUGUCUGCAUGUGAGUAUGCUUACUGUAUAAUUAAACGUUUUACUAAGAAAGGACCAAUAUUUUAUAUUAGAAAAAGCAAAAAAAAAAAAAAAAAAUAUAUAUAUAUAUAUAUAUAUACAUAUAUUACUCAAUCAUCUAGGGUGGCAAGACAUAGCCUUACAUAUUACAUGCGACAAUAUAUGGCGCAUUGACUUAUGGGGCUGGCAUAUAUUUUUUUCCAGGGCUGCUUUCUAUCCCCAGUCCGGCCAUGCUAAAGUGUAGAUUUUAAUAUAUUCUCAAUUUAACUUGCAUAUAUAUCUCUUAACGGCAUGCAAAUCACAAUGAAAUUAAAUACACAUAGAUGACAGAACAUCUUAAAAUCGGAAUUUUGAACCUCAGGGCCUGCACCUACAUUUUCCUUGCCAGAUCCUCUAUAACAAGUUGCAAGGGUUUUGGAGUGUCUCUAGUUUGGUUUGACCCUUAGUCCAGAAAUACAAUAUUUAAACUGAACCUAUAGUGCCAUAAAUGACAAUCAUUUUUUCACGACUACAGGUUCUCUUCUAACACAGUGCCCACCGUUAACACCCUUGGCCGAUAAAAAUAACUUAAAAGAAGUGUAUGGGCGAUCAGUAACUCCCCAUUCAUAAAAUAUACCUGCCUGGUGGCAUUCUCGGCUUCUCAAACUGCUUUGGAGAAACCAGAUGCCGCUGGAGAUUAACCUGUGUGGUUAAACCAUUCGAGAUCGGUUUAAACCCUUUAAAGGACCACUCUAGGCACCCAGACCACUUCAGCUUAAUGAAGUGGUCUGGGUGCCAGGUCCUUCUAGGAUUAACCCUUUUUUUUUUAUAAACAUAGCAGUUUCAGAGAAACUGCUAUGUUUAUACUGAGGGUUAAUCCAGCCUCCAGAGCCUCUCAUUGACAGCUGCUAGAGGCGCUUGCGUGCUUCUCACUGUGAAAAUCACAGUGAGAGCACGCAAGCGUCCAUAGGAAAGCAUUGUAAAUGCUUUCCUAUGCGACCGGCUGAAUGCGCGCGCGGCUCCUGCCGCAUGCCAUUCAGCCGAUGACGUCGCGAGCAAGGAGGAGAGGAGGAGUACAGCUCCCCGCCCGGCGCUGGAGAAAGGUAAGUGUUUAACCCCUUCCUCUCUCCAGAGCCCGGCGGGAGGGGGUCCCUGAGGGUGGGGGCACCCUCAGGGCACUAUAGUGCCAGGAAAACGAGUAUGUUUUCCUGGCACUAUAGUGGUCCUUUAAGUUUUUUCAAUUAAGUUGUACUGGAGCACAAACAGUUCAUUUAAUAUUAGAAUUACUCACCUCAUUUCCAGUGCCGAGACUCGUCCGCUGCCCUCCUCCAAUCAGAUGCUGCUAUGAGUAACAUUUAAUUUCAGGACUGACUUUCUCGGUUCUGGAGAUGGAAAAGCCUAUAGUGGCAAUCAGGAAGACGUUGCUACAAAAUAGCAAAGUUUUACAUAGAGGGGUAAAAAUUACAUGAUGUGUAAUUUCGUUGUCUGAGUGCAUUUCGUUGUCCUUUAAGAUACAGAAUAAUGAUGGGUUAGUAUAUACAUUUAUAGGGUUUUACUAAUGUUUAAUAUUCAUUUUAUAUAUGUUAAAUGUAACUAACAUUUUUACAUGUGUACUAAAUGUUGUAAAGAUGAUUAAAUAUAUAUAAAAAAAAGUAUUGAAAGGAGAGAAUUUACAGCAAAACCUAUUUUCAUGAUUUAAACAGCUUUUUAUUCCCUCAGGAAAUUCAUGGCCCUGGGGUACGCAUGAAACCAACAAAGUUCCACGUCGUUGCAAAAACAAAAAUAAUACGUUAGAAAUGUGGUUUAAAGACCAAGAAAUACACCGAGUUAUUUACAGCGACAGCUCAAGCAGCGAUUCACUAGACAGCUGGAUUAGGGAAGAUGCAAGAAGCCGCCCUAGACCUGCAUUAAUCAGGACAAGAGCUGAAAAAAUCCCAACAUUUGAUGAGUUUUACGAUUGCGAUUACUGAAGGAGGUUAUAUGCUAUGCAAUGACUUGUCAAACAAAAUGCAAUGAUUCCGGCCAAAAAGAAAUAUCCCAAACUUGCCAAGUUGAAGAUUCUGCCCCUGUUAUAUCUCUCUCAACCAACCACAACUGAUUGUUUAGUAAAUAAAGCUGAAAUUUUCAUUUGUAUAACAAAUUUCUGAGUUUAUUUAUUUUUUUAAUCUAAUAAAGGGGGG